GGAGCGGACGAAAUCGCGCAGGAUGCCGUUUAUGAUAGGCAAGGAGCCCGUGCGGCGAACGGUGAAGUACCUGAUGUCCGGCAAACUGGUCCUGAAGGACAAGAUACAGAUACUGUCCAUCAAUUACAACACGCACGGCGAACAUCAUAAAGGGACGAGAGACUUCGUGUUUUGGCAUCUGCCGCAGCUGCAGUACAAGAAUCCGGAUGUGCAAAUAGUCGCCUUUAAGAACAUAACCCCGUCGCCGUUCAUGACGUGCUACUACGAGGACGGCAAGACGAUGCUGAUAGAUCUAGACAGCAAGUCCAAGGACGAGAUACUUGAGCAUCUCUUGAGAGUAGUGGGAAAGACGAGGGAAACGUUGAUCGAGGAGGCGACGGCUCGGGAGAAAAAGGCCAAUCCGGCGAAUUUCGGGGUGGGUUGCGACAGGAACUGUAUAUGCCACGUCCAUGGCCAAGUGCCGUGCCCCGGUAUAGUGCCCCUGCCGGAUCACAUGCGCGGGAAGUAUUGGUUUGAGAGAGGAAGGAAUAAAGAGUAGUAGACGAACCCGUUACGAAUUCACGUUACACUUGCGUUAUUGUAUUUUUAUAAUGUACGCGUUAUACGCUCGCGUGCGCGGACGCACGUCUUUCGUCAUAUCCAAAAGUACGAACGAUGGAAGUAACUCGAGCACACUGUUUUGUCCCAAAGCACGUCAUGUAAAAAAAGAUGUCCAUACGUUGUGAAAAUACACGUACGUUGGCGUAUACAUAUAUCGAGGGCGUUAUAUACCGCGGACGAUUUUAAGUAUUCAUAGCUCUAAUAUGUUUCACAUUUACCUCCUUGCCUGUCGGAAUCGACGCGUUUGCCUGCCCGCUAUCGAGGGUCGAAUCGCUCGCGAACGCGUGGGCGUUUCGCAACGCGAAUAGUACAUACGAGAGACUCUUGUACGCGAGAACACAAUAUCUUCUUAAUAAGCGGUAUCAAACGCAGACGUUAAAAACAAUAUAAAUAUUAAUCACAAAACAAAUGGGAUAAUGAGUGAUAAAUUAAGCGAUAAAAAUGAAAUAAAAAAAAUA